UUGCAGAUUCGUUCCCCACAUGGAGCACCAAGGUUAAGCUGUAGUAGUGGCCCACCACAAUUUGAUCACAAAUCGGGCGAUCCUCUCAUUGAUUUUGCAUCUCAUUCGGCGAAUAUGCAUCGGCUGUCCGCAGAUGAACGUGAUAUUCGGACUAUAGUGAUUCUGACUGGAUGGCUGAUGAGGGUCAUCCCGAUGGCUGAUGAGGGUCAUCUGAUUGAUGGUCAUCUGAUGAGGGCCCUUCCUCUCAAGGCACUGAUCGAUCGUGUUGUCACCCAUGAUGAUCGCCACAAGUUCACUUAUCCUGCAAGCAAUGUGCAGCACCCUCUAAUUACAGACCAACAACGUGGCCGACCUUCCUUUUGA